AUGUCGGUUGACCAAGGCACGCAUAGCCUCGCCGACGGCAAGCAGCUGUACACCAAGACGUUCAGGACCGAGGGGCCAGCCAAGGCGCGACUCGUCUUCAUCCAUGGCUUUUCUGAUGUAUGCCUGCCUACCCUUGGGAUUAACGCGUCGAGAGAGGUCGUGUUGCACACCUAUGGCGACUUCUUCCCCGCGCUAGCGGCCAGAGGCAUCGAGGUGUAUACUUUUGACCAGAGAGGAUGGGGCCGCUCCGUGUCAAAGCCGUCGGAGCGAGGCGACACGGGGCCGACUGCACAGGUGCUGGAUGACAUGACGUCCUUUCUCCAGGCUGUCAUCGCCAUGGCGAGCCCAGCGCCCCUUUUCCUCAUGGGCCACUCGAUGGGCGGCGGGCAGACGCUGUGCUACGCGGCGCAGGGCCCGGCCGAGGUGCGCAAGCACAUUCGCGGCUAUCUGCUCGAGUCGCCGUUUGUCGACUUUGACCCCAAGUCGAAGCCGUCGGCCGUGACGGUGUUCCUGGGCCGGCUGGCGGGCAAGCUGGCGGGGAAGCGCCAGUUGACCAACAAGCUGAAUGCCGCUCUGCUCUCACGCGACGCCGAGGCAUGCAAGCGCCUCGAGCAAGACCCGCUGUGCCACGACACGGGCACGCUCGAAGGGCUUGCAGGCAUGCUCGACCGCACCAAUGCGCUUGCAAGCGGCAAGAUUGUCAUUCCUGAGGGUGCUGGCGAGGGCGGGGUGACGAGGAUCUGGAUUGCCCACGGCGACAAGGACGGCAUCACCAGCUACGCGGCGUCGAGGCGGCUGUUCGACGCGCUGCCGGUCCAGGACAAGGAGUUCAGGUCGUAUGCCGGCUACUACCACCGCCUCCACGACGAGCCUAGUCCCGAUAAGGAAACGUUCUGCGACGACGUGGUGAAGUGGAUCCUGGCGCGGUGCACGGACCGCGAUGGAGCUGAUGGCGCAAAGCCAAGGCUGUAA